UAGUGGUUUGCAUUAGAUUAUUCUACAAGCCUUAACAUCAAAUGGAAAUUUCAAAUUCUUUCAUCAAAUCUUUAGUGUUCUUUUGAUUCUUUUCUGGGUUUUUUUAUUGUGUUUUUUUUUUUUUUUUUUUUUUCUCAUCCCUGCAAGUACUCUUGUUAAUCUUUAGUCUAAACUUCGAAGUUUGAACCGCCAACUUUAUCUCCAAACCAGGUUCCUUUUUCUAUGCACCAAGCUUCUGUAAUCAUUUUCAAAAGUAGGGAGAAGAAAAGGGUUGAGUUUUGAUUGUGAGUUGGUAAUUUCUUCAAAGCAUGAAUGCAUGAUCUUGGGUUUCUUUUGUAUUCUUGCUUUCUUCUUCAAGUUGUUCUGCUACCUGCUUUGAUCUGAAUCCUUUUGUCAAUUUGGUUUUUUUGUUCUAUGGUUGCUUUUGAUUGGGGAUUUUUAGAUUUGGGUAUGUGAAAAUUUUGGAUUUUGCUUGGUGGGUCUUUAAUAUGUUCAUCAGCUCUUUUGGCACUUGUGAUGGUUAAUUGCUUCUUGAGAGAGUACUUGGUUUCUGAGUUCUUCAAGGGAAGAUGGCUUUGCAGGAAAUUCAUUCUUGGACACUGGGAGGACUUAUUGGAGCCUUUAUUGACCUUUUUGUUGCUUAUUUCUUGCUCUGUGGAUCAGCUAUUGCUUUCUUUGCUUCCAAAUUCUUCUGGUUUUUUGGACUUUACUUUCCUUGUCCCUGCAAGGGGAGUUUUGGGUUUAAGAGUAGUAACUUCUGUCUGCACAAAAUACUCUUUGAGUGGCCUUCAAGGAAGAUAUGCUCCAUUCAAGUGAUGGCGGCUAAAAGGUUUCCUUUUGAUCUGGUUAGGGUGAAGUGUCAUUCAUGCAAUGCCAAUGACAAAAUGGUUGCAGAGAAAGUAUCUGAUAAUAGGCUUGUUGAUUUGGAAGAUGAAGCAUCUUGUAGUUCAUUUUCAGGACCACGUUUGCUUUCCUUAGUUGAUAAGGAAAACGGGUAUGAUGCUAAGGGAAAGAGGAUCAUGAGUCUGAAACGAAGGUCUGGGAUUAGGCGCAGGAGAAAGGGUAAUUAUGAUUGUGGAAAAGCCUCUAUGGUUAUUCCUUCUGAUAAUCUGCAGUCUGAUGUUGGCCUCUCUUCCUGCUUGCCUUGUUAUGGCAGUAUAAUUAGAGAUAAAAUCAGUGAAAGCGUAAAUCCUGCUUCAGGGAAAGAAGUUAGUGUGCUCGACGAUGAAGGUGCCCAAACAGGUCAUGAUUUGUGUGAAAAGUCCUGUCAUAGUUAUGAAUUUGAUGGAUCAAUGGUUGAUAGUCCAGUACUGGAAAAAUAUUCAUCAACACUGGAACACUACAUGAGUAAUGUGCAACACAAUGUCCAGAUUGUUCGAAAUGAAGAGAAGCGAAUCAAGAUGUUGGAAAAUGAACUCGAAGAAGAGAAAGCUGCCUAUGCUGCUCUUUACCUAGUGCUAGAAAAGGAGAGAGCUGCAGCUGCUAGUCCAGGACAGGACAAAAAAUCAUCUUCAUUGGAACACUACAUGAGUAAAGAGCAAGACAAUGUCCAGAUUGUUCGAAAUGAAGAGAACCGUAUCAAGAUGUUGGAAAACGCACUUGAAGAAGAGAAAGCUGCGUAUGCUGCUCUUUACCUAGAGCUAGAAAAGGAGAGAGCUGCAGCUGCUAGUCCAGGACAGGACAAAAAAUCAUCUCCAUUGGAACACUGCAUGAGUAAAGAGCAAGACAAUGUCCAGAUUGUUCGAAAUGAAGAGAACCGUAUCAAGAUGUUGGAAAACGCGCUUGAAGAAGAGAAAGCUGCCUAUGCUGCUCUUUACCUAGAGCUAGAAAAGGAGACAGCUGCAGCUGUUAGUCCAGGACAGGACAAAAAAUCAUCUUCAUUGGAACACUACAUGAGUAAUGAGCAAGACAAUGUCCAGAUUGUUCGAAAUGAAGAGAACUGUAUCAAGAUGUUGGAAAACGCACUUGAAGAAGAGAAAGCUGCCUAUGCUGCUCUUUACCUAGAGCUAGAAAAGGAGAGAGCUGCAGCUGCUACUGCAGCUGAUGAAGCCAUGGCUAUGAUAUCACGUCUGCAGGAGGAGAAGGCAUCAGUGGAAAUGGAAAUGAGACAAUACCUGAGGAUGAUAGAAGAAAGAGUCUCUUAUGAUGAAGAAGAGAUGAAUAUUCUGGAAGAGAUCCUUAUAAGAAGGGAAAGGGAGAAUCACUUUCUGGAAAAGGAGCUUGAAGCUUAUAGGCAGAUGGAUUUGAAUGGAAGUGACCAGUCAAAUGACAAGCCAAAGCUGCUGCUUGAUGAAUGGGGACAAAGACCUCCACUUUCAGUUGAAACACAUGAAGAUCCACUGCAGAGUGAAAGCACCAUAUCAAUUGUUAAGAAAGAUGAAGCAUCAAAUAUUUCCUCAAAUUAUAUGAUUACUCAAACUUGUAUCGAUACAGAAGAGGAAGAAGAGCUGGAGAAAAACACAGAACACAAGGAUCAAAUGCACAGUGAUAUACAUAGCUCUUUUUAUGAUACUGAACCUGAUGUUCUUGAUGUUCAUGUUGUAGAUGACAACAUAAAACUUAGAGAAGAGGAAAAUGAAAAGUUAAGCAGCUCUUUAUUUAGUACUGUUUCAAAUGAAUCCAGAAACAGUUAUCUUGAAUUUGGAAUUGUAGCAGUACCGAGCACUAAUACAGUGAGUAAUUGUCCAAGGACAAGCAAGACAGAAAAUGAGAAUAGUGAUGAUGGCCCAACUAGUCAAUUAUCCAUGUUCUAUAAUUCAAGAUGCAAAACUUUGCCUUUUGAUUCUGAAAGCGAUUCUUCAUCAGCAGUUCAUAAUGAAAAGUUAAAGAUUGACAAUGAGAUUGAAAUUCUUGGAGAAAGGCUGAGAAUGGUAAAACAUGAAAAAGAAAAAUUGACUUUAUUUGCGGAGAAUGUUGAAAGUGAAAAACGUCAGUUUAAGCUUCUGGAGGAGAUAGCAAACCAUCUUCAACAAAUUAAACAGUUAAGAAACCCAGUGCGUGGGGCUUCCUUGCCCCCUUCAUCAUCUAAGGUGAGCUUGAGGAAAAGACGCUGCCAAAGUGCAUCUUGGGAGACAUGUGAAAGCAGCUAAAUCAUGUACAGUAGCAACACUUGUGCCAUGGCUCCACAGCCAGCACCCUUGGCAACAUGUAAAUGGCAACCACCUAUGGUAGCUACUAGAAUUCACCAGUACUUCGUUUUACAAUGUUUUAUGUUUUAGCAUGUAAAUAAACCUUCUUAUAGUCCAAUGGGGUCAAUAUGUAUUCAAAACAGUUUUGAAUCCUAUGCCACGUACCUAUAGUCUUUUAUCCCACAUUAUGCUGUGUUUUUUUGCCUUGGAGGGAUAUGACACAAAUUACGGGAUAUGAACUGUAAACAGCCUUUUCGUCCUUUUUCUUGUAGUUUGAGGUAUCAUGUCCAUAGAAUAUAGAGGACAGCUUGUGAAUGUAAUUAUUGCUUUCAACUUCUUUAUGGAGUAAUCAUUAUGUGCUAG